CGAUAGUGCUGUCAAUUGUUUUGCAGCUCUAGUUUUAGUGUAGUGCAGUUUUUAACAUCCCUAUUGCUCUCAAACUGGGAACCCAAUAAUUAUAAUUUAACCAACAAAAAAUAAUCAUUCAACAUUAGAAUGUAAAACGGAAAGCAACAAAUUCACGGCGGACACACAUAUAUCCAUAUAUGUACGAAAAGGAAAAGGCAAAGAGCAGCAAAUGAAAAUUAGCGUGUGUAAUAAAUGUGUGAAAAGUGACUGGGCGUAAGGGUUUAGUGUAACGGUAAGACACACGGGCAAGCAAUUAUUGUAAAGUUUUUGCAAUAAGAGGGGGCGCACACAACAAAAUUUGAUUGCCGCUCGGGCUGUGUGGCAGGCAAACCCCACCACGCGCCCUGGCACCCGUUGAAAUGGCUAAAACUGCUGCUGGCCAGUAUGUUCGCAAAAAGCAAUUAAACUGCCGCCUGACAUGGACACAAUAACAACAAUAAUAAUUACGAAAUACUGCUGAGCGUAGUUGUAAAUAGUUAUAAAUAUAAACAUGAAAACCAUAACGCCGGAUACAAUAGCAUCAGCAGCGCCGCAACAGCAGCAGCAGCAGCAGCAGCAACAACAACAGCAGCAUCAUCAACAUUUGCCCGCGCAAGGCGCCAUCAUUCCACAACAACAACACAUAACACCUGUGAUUAUGGAAGCAACAGCGCAUGUGAAUCUCGUGGAGGAUGAUGAUGAAAAGGAUCCGCUGGCAUUAGACGCUGCAGCGCAUCAGACAACGGCGUCUGAGGCGGCCCAGCAGCACCUGUCCGGAUCAGCAGCAGCGGCGGCUCUCAACUCAACCUCAGCUAAUAAGCACACACAUAGUCUGAGGCGCCACCUGCCACGCAUCAUUGUGAAACCUAUACCGCCUGAGAAGAAGUCAAUGCCCAGUGAGGAUGCAUUGCAUAAUGCUGGACUGCCGCCAGCACCAGCGCUGUUUGUGCCACCCAGCAUUGCGUCUGCACCAGCUGCACCCACGCCUGUGCGCGGCAUUAGCAGUCGUCGCAUACAACAACAACAGCAGGCCAAAGCAGCAGCGGCGGCGGCGGCAGCAGCAGCAGCGGAGGCAGCAGCAGCAGCUGCAACCGCAGCCGCCUCUAACACCAGCGGGUCACCAAGCACCGCUAAAGCCGCAACACAAACCUCCACCAUGCGUGAGGUGCUGGCCUCUAUACCGGGCUUUAACAGCGUCAAGCCUCGUCGGCGCAGCAACAAGAAACUAACAACUGCUGCGCAAAUUGAACAGACUAAGGAUGGCAAAAUCGAUUUGGAAACGCCCGAUUCAAUACUGGCAUCCACAAAUCUGCGCGCUCUGCUCAAUAAACAGACGUUCUCAUUGCUGCCUCCACUCUAUCAGCAUAAUCUCAUACAGCUGUUGCCGAGCGUGGAUCGUGAGGCCAGCGAGGUGGUGCAGCCGUUGCAGCCUGAACAGCCCACCACUAGCAGCGGCGGUGCCAGCAGCAGCAGCGGCAGCGUUGCACACGAAGGAAUACGUCUGAGCGCCUCCUGCCUGAAUAAUGAGUUCUUUGCACGCGCCUGCCUGGAGUGGCGUGAACGUCUCAGCGAAGGCGAGUUUACGCCAGAGAAUCAAAUCAAGCUGAAAACGGAAGCGGAGCGCGAAAAGAACAAACUGGAUCCGUGGAAACUCAAGCACUUUGAGCGCUACUGGGGCGAAAAGAAUGCAAAGCGAGCGCCGAAUUUAAACCCGCCAAGCAGCAAACUUAAGCUGGAGCCAACAAGGCAGCAGCAACGGCCAGUGCCACCUGCGCCACCGCCACCAGCACCACCACCAACACAGCAACAACAGCAGCAGCAGCAACAACUACAACAAGCAACAUGUGAUAAUGAGACUGAACUGAAAUUUAAUACGAGCACAAAGUGCGAUAUGACAACCACAACAACAACUGCAGCUAGUAUGGAUACAGCAACAACUGCUAGUGCCUCAGUAGAAGCAAUAACAACAACGACAGACGCUGCAACUAUAGAAACCUCUAGUAGUAGUAGUAGCAGCAGCAGCAGCAAUGCUUUAACAGAGCAACAACGACGCAUCCUCAAACGCCCCUCCAGCAGCCCCUCCCGACGCAAACGCAGCGAUCCGACAACAAUUGUCUUGGAUGAGGUUGUAGUAGCUGAUGAGCUGCCCACAACGUCAAAGGAGAGCAAACAAAUAAAACGCGAAUUAGCUGAGAUUGUUCCUAAUGCCAUGGCAAAUGUAACAGAUGUUGUUGAUCAUGCGGGGACAGCAGGAAUAACAACAACAUCUGCAGCGGCUAAAAACCAGCAGCCACUUAUCAACAGUACCUGUGAUAAAAUUGAGCCACCUGAUGCACAGACACUCGCCACAACAACAGCAACAACAAUAACGAAAGCAGAAACCGCAAACGCAACAAACACUAAAGCAAUUCCUGCAGCAGCAGCAGCAGCAGUAACAACAUCAACAUCAAACAUUGCAGAGACUAUCACAAACUUUGCAGGCUAUUUGCAGAACGUAGAGCUGGCAGAAGAUACCAAAGCAACGGUCAAUGUCACCCCAAUGUCAACUUCUACAACAACUGCUUCAACAACAACAGACACCCAUGACUUUGUAUUUGCCGAUACGAUUGAUCAUGCUUACUUCCACAAUCAUCAAGCAGCCAUCAGCCACGCCUACUACUCUUCAUCAUCAUCGCCCAAUUCGACAGCAACAAUCAUAAAAGUGGACGAUCAUUGUGAUAAGCAGCUGGAGGAUUCAGGCAUGACGCUGGCCAUGUCUAUGCCCAUGGCUAGCAGCUCUACAGGCUCAUCGCUGGCGACUACAACGCCCGUGAGCUCGCUCGCAUCCAGCAGUUGCGCCUCUUCUUCGUUGUCCUCAUCGCUGUCCUCGUCCUGCUCCAGCAGCAACUCCUCCUCAACAGCAGCCACCACAACGACGGCACCUGGCGUGGUUGCAGCUGCAUCGCUGUCACUGGCCACAGCGGCGGAAACAACGCUCGCCGAUAUGCAGGCCAUGCUCAGUACUGUGGCCACGCUCCAGCAGCAGCAGGAGCAACAGCAGCAGCAACAACACGUGUCGCCUGCUGUGGAGCUGCCCGUGGAGUUGAACUCCAGCGAAAUGUUUCAGCAUGUGCAGCACGAUUGGAAUUUCGGUGGCAUCAAGUUGCUGGCAGCAACGGCACCAGCUUCGGGAAAUGCGACUGUGGAGCAACUGCAGCAGGCGGAGCAGCACUUGAACCAUGAGGCUAUCCAAUUAAUGGAUGUGGUGCAUGAGGCAGAGGAGGUCAUUGAUGACAUGGUGGAGUGUCAUAAUUUGCUGGACAAUGAUGUUUGUGAGCAAGUGGCAGAUGAAGAAGAUGAAGACGACGAAGUUAUUGACGAAGAUGAUGAUGUAGUUGAGUGCAUCGAUUCGGAGCAACAGGAACAGGAUGAUGUAAUGAGUGCAAUGGUCGAUCAUGUUAUGGAUGACAGCGAGAGCGAUGCAGUGCGUGAUAUUGUGGACAAGCUGCAGCAGCAUCAUCAGCAGCAGCAACAACACCAGCAGCAACAACAACAACAACAGCAGCAACAACAACAACAGCUGCAGGCACAGCUGCAGGAUGUUGUGCAAUUGACGCAGCAUUCCUUUAUGCCACAGGCUCACAGCAGUGACUAUGCGAAUGAGAUCACCCAUGAACUGCUGUGCGAUGCAGUGCCCAUGUCCGCGGCCGAAAUGGAAGUGUCGAGCACUGUCAUUACCAACAGCAGCAACAGCAAUGAUAGCAGCAAUAACUUGAGCCUGUGCAGCAGUAGUAGCAGCAGCAUUGCCAUCAAUCAGCUGCCACAACCGACAGCUGCUGCUGCUCCAGCUGCCCCGGCACCACAGCAACAACAGCGUCAGAUUUUGGUGGAUUCCAAUGGACAAAUCAUAGGCAAUUUUUUGUUGCAGCAACAACAGCAGCAGCAGCAGCAACAACAACGCCAACAGCAACAGCAACAAUUACAACAGCAGCAAUUGCUGCAGCAGUUUACAUUGCAAGCAGCCGCACAGCAGCAGCAGCAACAACAGCAGGCAACUAGCAGCAAUGCACUGCAAAAAUCGCAUCAAGCGCUACCCGUAACGCUACGCAAACCCUUUGAGAUCAACAGCAAUGGCGCGCAGCAAUUUUUGGCGCCCAAUUUGCUGGCCCAGCAGCAACAACAACAGCAGAUCGAGCAGCAACAGCAACAGCAGCAACAGGUGCAGCAAAAGCAACAACAACUGCAGCAAUUUGCGCUACAGGCGCAGCUUCAUCAGCGACAGCUUCUAGCGCAGGCAGCUAAUAACAAUCUGCUGCAGCAGCAACAGCAAUUGCAGCAACAACAGCAAAAUUAUCAGCAGCAGCAACAAGCUGUUGUGCCGCCCAAAUUCAUAGCAAAGCCGCUGAAUAUAAUAUCGAUGACACGACCCGCCAAUGCAUCGCCCAACGCGGCAACAGCCGUAGCAACAUCAGCAGCUGCAAACAAUCCACAAAUUCCGUCCACCUACGCCAAUGUUGUAGCCGCAGUGCAGCAGCAGCAGCAGCAGUCGUCAACAGCGCAGCAACAGAUCAAUCACAACAGCAACUUGCAGCAGCAGCAGCAACAACAACAACCGCUGCAGCUGCCUGUUCCUACUGUUAACAAUGUGCUGACCAUGAAAACGCUGCCACCCUCGGGCGUGCCCACAACAAUUGCCCAGCAGCGACUGCAGCCAAAGAUGCCCACGGGAAAAGGACGCAAGGCGACCACUAAUCGAUUGCCGCCGGGAGCUGUCAAUCUUGAGCGUAGCUAUCAAAUCUGUCAGGCGGUCAUACAGAACAGUCCGAAUCGUGAGAACCUCAAGGCGCAGCUGCGCCCGCCGGCGGCCAUACUCAGCCAACAGCAACAGACAACGGCAACAACUGUAAGCAGCAGCAGCGGCGGCGGCGGCGGCGGCAGCAAUUCAGCACUGAACGUAUCCACUGUAGCGGCCGCGCCAAUGAGCAAUUUGAGUACGGUGAGCGGUAAUGUGACAGCAGCAGCAGCAGCAGCUACCGCUGCCGCACCAGCACAAAAUCUGCUCAAGCAGGAGGAACUGCUGGUCAGCGGUGCAGCUGCUGUGAACGCAGCGCCAGCACUGCCCGCCGGCAUGCCGCCCAAUGUGAUGGGUGUGGGCAGACCUGGCGUCUAUAAGGUCAUAGGUCCGCGCAUGAGUGGCUUUCCUCGCAAGAAGUACGUACAGCGCAAGCCCUCGCCCACAACGGUUAUUAGGCACAUGUUAACUGCGGCGCCUGGUGCGUCCAGUUCACAGCAGCUGCAGCUGGCCGCGGGUCAGCAGGUGGCGCAACAGGCACAGCCCGCACAGGAGCAAAUAUUGCAUCAGAAUGGUACUGGUCAGUAUGUGCUGGUGCACCGUGCCAAUGUGGGUGCCGCAGACAAUCAAGCGCCGCGUGCCUCUAGCGCGCCGCCAUUGCAUCAAAAUCAGUUUGUCGCCGUGCAGAAUCCGCUGCACAACCUCAAUGGCAUAAGCAUGGGCGGACGCGGGCGUCCGGCUUCUGUAGACAAUAACAACAGCGCUGGCAAUGGUGCAACCGCGCUUGCCACCAAUGAUGCGCUGCAUCAUCAUGAGCUGCAUCAGCAACAACAACAACAACAGCAGCAACAGCAACUGGGCAAUGUGAGCGCGGCCGCGAAUAUUGUGCGGCGCAAUAUCGCUGCAGGAACCAACAUUACCUACAUAGACGGCAGCAACAACAGCAACUCGGCGGCGGCGGCUCUCAUGGAUGCGGGCAACAACUACAUAGUGACGACCACAGGAACAGCAACCGCAGCGGGAGGCGUAGUAAAUCAACAAACAGCCCAGCAACAACACCAACAUCAGCAGCAGGCGCAACAGCAACAACAUCCUCUACUGCAAUUGCAUCAAAGCGGCGAGAACACGCCACCGGGCAGCGAGGCAAGCAACAACAGUUGCGCCUGCGCCCUAAACGCGAUGGUGAUUUGCCAGCAAUGCGGCGCGUUCUGUCACGAUGAUUGCAUCAGCGCCUCGAAGCUGUGCGUAUCCUGUGUGAUCAGAUGAGAGCUAAGCCUGCAGAUGCAACUGGAAAACGUAUUAUAGUAAUAUAUAGAGUUAACCACAUUUAGAUGCAAUGGCUAAUAUAUAUGUAUAUAUAUUAAUGUAUUGGCAAGUCGAAAAGUUAGUUAGUUAGUGCGCCCCACCCACAUAGAAGAGGAGGAAGACAAAUGUGUAUUAAAGUUAAUUUCUGGUUGCUUUCGACCUAUAACCCGACAAAAUUUAUAAGCUAGACUAUAAAACUACACCCAACUAGACGCAAACCAAGUGCAGAGGCUUGAGCAAACACACACACACUCUAAACUCACAUACACACACACACACACACAAAGCUAUAGCAGGAAAUCGCUUGCGUAAAAUGUAUUUUUUAAUUUCAUGCGCAGAAUAUGAAAGCCAUGUAAAUAGAGAAAGUAACUAUUGGUAGUUGGGCUGGGGGGGAGAAGACAAAACUUAGUAAGCAAGCAAGUGUUGUGUAUUUUGUGCUUGUUGCGUAGCCCUAAGAAACUCUGUUCAAGUGUUUGUUUAUAGGGCUAUCGCAAUGGCACAUACAAAACGAUGAUAUGAACAGAAUGUAAACACUCAAUGUAAUUUAAACAAAACAAAUUCAACAAAAAGGCAGCGGCAAAAGCAGCAAAAACCAAUAUAAAAAAAACAACAAAGCUAUGUACAUAUUUAUGUUUAAUAUUAAAUGUAAUUUAUAAAUGAAAAAAGUAUAUAUAUAUAUAUAUAUAUAUAUAAAUAUAUAUUUACGAUUAAGCUAGAAUUGAGAAACUUCAAACUUAGGUUGACAUAUGCCUGAAGACUAUAUUUUUUAUAAUUUGUCGUUGCAGCAUAUGCGUGAUGAUAAUUCAGUUGGUUCGUUUUUAAAAUACAUAAGCAACUACAUAAUAUACAUACAUGCAACUACAAUACAUACAUACAUAAUAUAUUUUACUGUGUAAUUUAAAAACCUAAGCUUUUUAUUUCCCUAAUCUAAGUUUAUCAUUCUUCACAACCAAACACACACAUACCACAACCACAUCUCUAGCAUACACAUAAUAUAGCGCAUAAAAGUAAUUGUAAUUCACAUAUUAAACAAAUUGAUUUAAAAGCAUAAAACUGUUGAUAAAACAAACAAAAACACAAAUAUACACUGAAACAAAAAACAUAAA